AUGCCUGAACCAGCAAAGUCCGCACCCAAGAAGGGAUCCAAGAAAGCCGUGGCCAAGACGGCCGGCAAAGGAGGCAAGAAGAGGAGAAAGACCAGGAAGGAGAGCUACGCCAUCUACGUCUACAAGGUGCUGAAGCAGGUCCAUCCCGACACCGGUAUCUCCUCCAAGGCGAUGGGCAUCAUGAACUCCUUCGUUGGGGAUAUCUUUGAGCGUAUCGCCGGUGAAGCUUCCCGUCUGGCUCACUACAACAAACGCUCCACCAUCACAUCCCGGGAGAUCCAGACCGCCGUCCGCCUGCUGCUGCCCGGUGAACUGGCCAAGCACGCCGUGUCCGAGGGCACCAAGGCCGUCACCAAGUACACCAGCUCCAAGUAAACAAGCUGUUUACUCCACAACAACAAAACAAAGGUCCUUUUCAGGGCCACCCACAACGUCAUUAAGAGCUUUAUUCCUGCAUGAUAAUAUUUUAGUUUUAAGGCGGGAAAUUUGCAUACUGUAUA